UUAACAAUGGGCUCUCAUGAGCCACUACGAUUUCAGGAAAACAAAGCAGAUGGGUCUUUAUUUCCUCUCACUAGCAGAUUGUCCUUACGGUGCAUGUAUCCUUUUAUGGUUUAUUUUCAACUUCAAAACUGCGUGCUCUGUUCAUUUUAAGGGAUUUGACCUAAAGGUGAAUGGAUGUGUUUAUAUUUAUGCUGGAUGCUAGAUUGCAGGGUUCAUUUGUUGUGGGAUUGUGAAUUUUUACAGCCACACCAGACAUUGUUGUUGAUAAUAAUCUUACUCUUUUAUUUGUGAAGUUUUUUCUUGUUUUGUAGGCUAUUUCUGGAGCAGUACAUGAUUACAGAAGCCUGUGGUUCCCUGUCCCCAAUUUCAAAAAGCAAACCAGAUCUGCAUUAUGGAAAGAGAAAACCAAACAGCUCUGUUUGAGUUUAUCAUCUUGGGAUUCUCCAACUUAAAUGAGUUGCAAUUUUUACUUUUCACCAUCUUCCUAGUAACUUAUAUCUAUACUUUGGGAGGAAAUAUUUUUCUGAUUUUGGUAACCAUGAUCGAUACACAUCUACAUAUACCCAUGUAUUUUUUUCUGGAAAACUUAGCAUUUAUUGACAUCUGCUAUAGCACCACCAACGUUCCCCAGAUGAUGGUGCAUCUUCUGUCAGAGAAGAAAAGCAUUUCUUAUGGGUGUUGUAUAGCUCAACUUUUUGCAUUUAUUUUCUUUGUGGGGUCAGAGUCUCUGCUCUUGGCAGCAAUGGCAUAUGAUCGUUACGUAGCAAUCUGCAAACCCUUAAGAUAUUCAGUUAUUAUGGACAAGGCUAUGUACAGUCAGUUAGCAGCCUCGUCUUGGGCUGGUGGUUUCCUCAACUCAGUGGUGCACACAGUACUGACAUUCCGCCUGCCCUUCUGUGGAAAUAACCAGAUUAAUUAUUUUUUCUGUGACAUCCCACCUCUGCUGAUCUUGUCUUGUGGGGACACUUCUAUCAAUGAGCUAGUGUUGUUCUCUGCUGGAGUCUUCUUUGGUUGGACUCCUUUCUUGUGUAUCACUGUUUCAUACCUUUAUAUCAUUUCUACCAUUUUAAGGAUCAGUUCUUCAGAAGGAAGGCAAAAGGCAUUUUCUACAUGUGCCUCCCAUCUGGUCAUUGUUCUUCUUUACUAUGGAAGCGGUAUCUUCACAUAUGCAAGACCUAUCUCAGCUUAUUCACUAGAGAAAGACAGGUUGGUAUCAGUAUUGUACAGUGUUGUAACUCCCAUGCUAAACCCUAUAAUCUACUCUUUAAGGAAUAAGGAUAUUAAAGAUGCUAUGAAAGUUAUGGGGAGAAAGUGGCAGGCUUCCAGUCCCCUGACUUUUGAAGUAUAAGCUUUACUCUUCUGAGGAAAAUCAUAUAUGUCACAAAACUGUGCAUCUUACUUUUAGGAGCUGAUUUUUCCUAGUGACUCUUCAACAAAAUUAAAAGUUAAUUGUAAAUUUUCACAUCCAGUACAAGCGGGCUAGUUAAGUUAGUACAAACAUCUCUGCUAAAAUAAUCUAUAGGAAAUAUUUUUAAAAUAUUCAAAACAAUCAGUGAAGUAAAAAGAUAGUGAGAAAUCACCAGGCCAAGAUUGCACAUAAGAAGAGAAAACAAUAAUGUGAGUUGGCAUUUGGGACUUUUUCUCAGUGGGACAUUUGUUGAUCUUGAAGAAGUGACUGAGGUUCUGAAUAGCAUUUUGGCACCUUUGUAAGAUUAGAUGUUCAACAGUGGGACCCUGGGCUUGCCAAGAGGGCAUUCCUAAUACAUCACUCUAUUUUCAGGGGUAGGAAUCUGAAGAGUUGCACCCAGUUAUAAGCGUGAACCAGAAAUAAACCAGUCUUUACCUAGCUUACAGCUAGGCUUUGAAUCAUGUGGAUGACUCAGAAGAUUUCAUAUACUAAAAUUGGUUAAAGUUAUUUCAAAUUGAUAGUGUCCUGGGCACUUAAAGGCAGUAAAUUAAAAUCCUUUCAAAGAAAAGUAACAUCACACAAUGCCUACCACAAAAUCUAGAAUAAGUAGACACAGAAGUAGAUAAGAAAAAUGAAAAGAAACAGCAAAAAAAAAAAAAAAAAUACAGCAGAAACAUGACCACAGUAACUAUAAAUUAUUGAACUACACAAAAUAGACUGAAAGACGAGCACUCACACAAUGCUUGUAGAGAUAAAUUCUAGACUUAGAAAAUUAGACAGAGAACUAGAAGCUAUCAAACAUGAAACUUCAGAUUUGGAAAACAAAAUAACAACAACACUAAAAAACAAAACUAGAAAUUAAAAAUUUCAGAAUGGAAAAUUAUAAGAAUCCAAAUUAGGAACUAAGUGGAUGGGUUUAAUAACAGAUUAGACAUGAGUGAAGAGAAAAAUUAGUGAAUAAGGUGAUGUUUUCUAGAACAAAGCACAAACAGAAGAACAGAGAGUAUUCUGUUGUAGAUAGGAAAUAUAGAGAGUACUGUGGGUUCUAGCCUAAAUAUAAGUAUAGCCCCAAGAAGUAGAAAAAGAAUGAAACUUAGGCAAUAUUUGAAAAAUUCCAAAACUGAAAAAAUAAUUCAUUACUCAAAAAUCCCAACCAAUUUUAGGCAUAACAAAUGACAAAUUCCAGUCACAGACACAUCAUAUGGAAAUUUCAGAAAACCAGGAUCAAAGCAAAUUUUACAAUAAGAGAGGAACUGUAUUAAGAUUGAAAGAUAAUCUUUUUCAACAGUAACAACAGAAUACAGUCCAGAAGAGAAUAAAAUAAUAUCUUCGACGUAUGAAAGGAAAUAACUAUGUGUUUAGAAUUCUAUGCCUAGCAAAAUGUUCUUCAAGAAUAAAGGUUAA